AUGACCAAGCAUAAGAAGGCAUCUUCGAGUAAGCCAGCCGAGAAGCUGGUCAUCACAAUAAGUACUAAGACCACUAUAAGGCCUACAGUAGAUGCGUCGCCUGAAAAUCCUAUCCUCGUUGACUCUGACCGAAACACAGUUCUCCCCUUUCUAAAUCACCGGGCAAUCCCUCCUGACGGGAAACCAUACACCCAAAGACUUGCACGAUCAGGAUAUGUUCCCCAGCAAAAGCAUUUUGCGUUUCUUACGGCGGUUAUUGAAAAGCGGAAUGCAACGAUGGCUGCGGGGAUCAUUUCCUCUGUAGUCAUUCAGCAGGCCAUCAGUUACAUCCAGAAGCACAUCAACGAAGCAUUUCCCUUCCUUUCGUUGCAGCUGCAACCGUAUGGGGGAGCCGUCAAUGGAAUCAGUACAGACGGCGGGGACAUUGACUCUACUCUGGUUGUGGAUAACUGUGACAGGGCAGAGCAGGUUGCUGCAGAGUAUUUCUGGUCCUUUUUACAGGAACAGGCCAGAGACAGGCUCCAUGACAAUCCGGUGGCUGAGGUAGAUUUUCUAGAUAGAGCGUUCACAGAAAGGUUUCCGUUCCUCAGAUUUGAUGCAUCUAGCUACUAUAGAGGGGUUACGCCUAGCAAGGACAUCAUGACAGAGUACUCACUAUUCUGCCCGUCUCGCUGCCUUAGUGAUGCAGCGUGUAUUAGGGAUCCGUCCCAGCCUAUCAAUGUCAUGGAUCUUUUUCCAGAUGCUACGGCGCCGUCUGGAGAGAUGGUCCAUUUUAUUCUCAAGCGUGCACGUUGGCAGGACAUUAUUAUUCUGGGAAGAUUGGCGGCCUCCUUCAACGCCUUUGAAGUCUCAUCCUUCAUAACCCGCAGCAGGAUUCCCGUCCUGAAGAUAAGCCUCAAAUACUCUAAGAGAUUAUGCCAAGUUGUCUCUGCCGCGGAAACAAAUGCUAAGAUUGAACAGGGCCUUCUACCAUCGUACUAUGCUGAUCUCCCCAUGAAUCGUUCCGUGCAGUUCAUCGUACCAGAAGGUGAAGAGAAGAUAAACACUCAUAUAGAUAGCGAUAUGAUGCUACUAAAUGUGGACAUCUGCCUCAAUAAUAGGCUAGCAAUUCGUAAUACGCUGCUACUAGCAGAGUACCUUAGAGCAGAUCCGGUUGUAUCGCCGCUGAUACGGUGCGUCAAGAGUUGGGCGUCUGCAAGAGGUCUGUGCAAUACCUGGCAAGGUGGACUGUCGUCCUACGGCUUUGUGCUGCUUGUGAUCUUUUAUCUCCAAAUCCUUCAGACUCCAAUUCUACCGGUUCUCCAGCCUGGUCUUGGAUGGGGACCCGUGGUCAGGGGCUGUGACACAGGCUUCCUUUCUGUAGAAGAUGCAUGGUGUCGGCGGUCUCUUAUGACUGGCUUCUCCCAGCAAAAACCUGCACCGCGCAAGCCUACAAUUUCAGAGCUUCUUUGUGGGUUCUUCCGUUUCUAUGGAUAUCAGUUUGAUAGUACCGACUCGGUUGUGUCUAUCCGCUUGGGUCGGGCGCUCUCCAAACAAGAGAAAGGAUGGGAUGAGAAUUCCAACGCUCAGCGCAGCCAGCGUCACGGAGAAUGCUUCGAUCAUGCAGAGACUCAUGAAAGCGUGAGAGCAGCAGAUGUUCUCCGGGUAUUUAGAUACCCCCCAGAGGUCCCGGACGCAGAAGUGUCCCAGCACAUAUACACGAAAGAUGGUCAGUUCUUUUAUAUGUGCAUAGAAGACCCCUUUGAGACACAUAUCAAUGUGGGUCGUCUUCUGGAUCUUAAAACAACCGAGCUAUUGGGGAAAGAGUUCAGACGUGGAUAUGCGCUGCUUCGGAAAACGGAGAAGCCGCUGGAUCGUCUAUUUCUUUCAAGCACCAUCGAUCCCCCAGGCGGUAGCGAUGUUCCUCUGAGUGAUCUUUUACGGAUGGCAUCGAAAUCUGCACUUCAACCUACACAUGUCAAGAUCGAGGUGGCUAAGAAUAAAACCUUCGAAUUUGUUGAUACGGCACCUGUGCAUUCUGAUAUACAUGAUUGA